UCGAAGCUUGGUCGCCGAAGCCUCACCAACACCUACAAGGAUGAUGCGAUUCAACUGCCUGAUGACCUGCUGCCUUCUCGGCGCCCUGCUCCUCGUAUUGCCAGCCACCGCUUUUCCCAGCCCUAACAACUACUACCGUGACGAUGGCCAGUACGACCCCGAAGAGAUCAUGGGAAUGCUGAACCGUCUCAACGAGAUCAUCCAAAUGGAACGCAGACUGGAAACCUAUAAAGAAGACAUUUCUAGGACUCUGAUGUCGGCAACUAACGGAAUUCCAAAGAAAGUGAUGCCAACCAACGAAGAGGAAAUAUCCAACGAGAAGCGGGACCUUGAUAUGGGACUAAAUCGUGGAUUCUCCGGCGCUGUUCAAGCCAAGCACCUGAUUGGCAUGGCUGCGUCCAGAUUCGCUGGAGGACCUGGCAGGAGGCGGCGCGAUGCCCACUAAGAACCUAACUAAUAUAAACCAAAAAAUACCUAAACUAAACUAAACUAAUUUUAUGUAGCCGUCACCUCUAUGGCUUUAAAACUUAAAGUUUAGACACUCUAUGCUUGAUCUAUCAAAUAAUCAUGAUGAAUCAAAACUUAUACUCCGUCAAUCUAAUAUUAUGUAUUGUUAAAGUCGUAUUUCAAUCGGCCUACGAGAAUAUUAUUGAGAACU